ACUCUUUCAAUGUCUACUGCUGCAAUUUCUGCUUACAGGCAAGCCUUGAGGGCCACCCGCCUUGCCUUUCAGAACGACAUCCCAGUGUUGUCUGCCGCAAGAACACAAAUAAGGCAAGGUUUUGACAACCACAGGAGCUUACAAGAACAAGAACAAAUCGAUGAAGAGAUCAAGAAGAUGAAUGAAAUAAGCACUUUCUUAGUCAAAAACAUCGUCCAGGGCGAAAAGAGAGUAGAAGGGAACAAAGACAGAUACUACUUGAAAUUUCAUGACAAAACUGAGUUGGGUGACAAUGAAACCAUCAAGCAAGCCGGUAGAGCCAACAUGGGGUCCUUGGCUGGUGUUAAGGCCAAGAAGUGUAGUUAG